UUUACUCUGACCGGAGCUUCCACAGCAGUGAGAUUCUUGGUGCUGUGGGACGUGUUGCAGCUGUUUUGAUUCUGACCAAAUGGUCUUCCCUGCAUCUCAUUUGUGGUUUUGGUGACACUGGGCCAGUCUACAACGUCGGAGCAUUGGUUGGAGAACAUGGGAUCUGGUACUUCUGUAAAUAUCCAGUACAAGUACUCCCUGCAGAAGUCUGAAAGUGCUUUCAAGGCAGCUGUCUUGAUCCAGCAAUGGUAUCGGCGCCACGUGGCUCGGCUGGAAAUGCGCCGCCGCUGCACCUGGAGAAUCUUUCAAUCCAUUGAGUAUGCCUGUGAGCAGGAUCAGAUCAAGCUUCACAACUUCUUCAGUUACCUCAUGGACCAGUUCACACCAAGCAGCAGCAAAGAGAGGGAUUUUAUCAGUCGCAUGUUCAUAAGUGGGGAAAGUUACAAAGAGGCAGAGUUGGAAAAGUACUGUGACUAUGAAUCCAUAGAGGUGCCAGACUCCUACACCGGACCCCAUCUCUCUUUCCCUCUCCUCCCUGACCAUGCCACGGCCUUGCUGGAAGCUUUCCAACAGAAACAACAGCUCCAUGCUCGCUAUGUCUUAAACCUCCUGCAUGAGACCAGGAAGCACCUCAAGCAGUUGCCAAACAUCAGCCACGUCUCCACCUGCUACAGCGAAGAGGUCACCGUGUGUGGAGAUUUGCACGGCCAGCUGGAUGACUUGUUCCUCAUCUUUUACAAGAACGGCCUUCCUUCCCCUUCCAAGUCCUACGUGUUCAAUGGGGACUUUGUAGACAGAGGCAAGCAGUCCCUUGAGAUCCUUGUUAUCCUCUUUACCUUCCUCCUGAUCUAUCCCAAGGAGGUUCAUCUUAACCGCGGGAACCACGAGGACCACAUGGUGAACUUACGCUAUGGUUUCACCAAGGAAGUGAUGCAGAAAUACAAGGUGCAUGGGAAGAAAAUCUUGAAGAUGUUUCAGAAUGUAUUCUGUUGGCUGCCCCUGGCCACCCUGAUUGAUCAGAAAGUCCUCAUUAUUCACGGGGGCAUCUCUGACACCACUGACCUGGACAUGCUUGAGAAAAUUCAAAGGGACAAAUUUACUUCUGUGUUAAGGCUGAAGAAAAGAAAGGAGUCGAGCAGAAAAGCAGAAAUACAGGCCAUAAAUGGUGAGAGGGAAUCAGGCACUGAUGCAGCAGGGAAUGAGGCAGCUCCCAGGCUAUCCCUGCAGCCCCAGUCAGCCCAGGCUCCCAGCACAGCCAACAGGCUGGAGUUCUCCAGGUGGCUCCGGCAGACGGUGCAGGAGCAAAUCGACACGUGCCGGCGGCUGGUGGACAUCAGUGAGUCAGAGCCAGAGGAGCUCACCUAUUCCAGUAUGGUCUCCUUGAAGGGUGUGGAUGAUGAGCCGUGCUGGAGUCACCAGGAGGAGUGGAAGCAGGUUUUAGACAUCCUCUGGAGCGACCCCAUGCCUCAGGAGGGCUGCAGAGAAAAUAAGGUGCGAGGUGGUGGAUGCUACUUUGGGCCUGAUGUGACGGAGAAGUUCCUUGAGAAGUACAGCUUGCAGUUCCUGAUCCGCUCUCACGAGUGCAAGCAGGAGGGCUACGAGUUCUGCCACAACCGCAAGGUGUUGACCAUCUUUUCAGCCUCAAACUACUACGAGAUUGGCAGCAACAGGGGAGCCUAUGUGAAGCUGGGACCAGACCUCAUCCCCCACUUUGUUCAGUACCAAGCAAACAAGACAGCCCAUAUGCUCAAUAUGACCCAAAGAAUAAGCAGAGUAGAGGAGUCAGCCUUUCGAGCCUUGCGGGAAAAGCUCUUUGCUCACACCUCAGCCCUCAUCAGUGCCUUCAAGGCCUACGACGGGGACAAUACAGGAAAGAUCACUCUGAGCAACUGGGCGACAGCAGUGGAGUCGGUGCUGCGGCUGGGGCUGCCCUGGCGAAUGCUGAGGCCGCAGCUGGUGCGCAGCACCGAGGAUAGCAUGCUGGAAUACAAAUCCUGGCUGGAUGACCUGGCCAUGGAGCAGAGGAGCCAAGAGCACAUCCAGUCAAGCAUGCUGGAAGUCAUUUAUCGAAACAGAUCCAACUUAGAGACCAUAUUCAGGAUCAUAGACAGAGACCAUUCAGGUCUCAUCUCCUUUGAGGAAUUCCAGCAAACCUGGAAGCUGUUCAGCUCCCACAUGAACAUUGAACUCACGGAUGAUGGCAUUAAUGACUUGGUUCGCAGCAUUGAUUUUAACAAGGAUGGGAACAUUGACUUCAACGAGUUCCUGGAAGCCUUCCGCCUCGUCAAACAGUGCCCGGCGUGAGAACCUGCCCAGGGUUACCACGUCCCAUGCCUUGAUUUCCACAAAGCCAGGACUGCCUGACCUAACAUAGAGGGUGCCUGCAGAUGGCAAGCAGGGAAAGGGAAGGCAGGUGCUCAGAACAGACAUCACUGUAGGCAACAGCCGUGACCCAUCUGGGGAAGGUAACAGGUGAAACAGAUGAGCUGCGCUUCAGUUCGGGCUGUUCUUAAAAGAAGCUGCGUUUUAAGUAGUUUCCUGCUCAAAGAGAAGAUGCAACUUAGCUUCUCUUGGCAGUGUGAGGAAAGGUUACAGAUAUUUUCAAAAGCAGUGAAGUGGAAGUUGAAGUAUUGCUUGUAGGCAGUG